AACCGAAUUAAACUGAUAGGAAAAUUACAUGACAUCGCUUAAUAUUCUAGUCGCGUGAAUAUGUCAUAUGAAAUAUCAACUACAGUUGGAAAUAGUUUCUUGUUUUUGAUACUUAUUUUUUCAUAAAGCAACCAUGUUAAGAAAUCCAAUAAAACAGAUGACUUAUUCGAAAGUGAUUAGAUUAAUUGAAGUUAUUUUGAUAUUAACAGGUAUAUAUGCGAUUUUUGCUUUUACUCGGAUGAGUAUAAACAAAGACAUGAAAAUUGACUAUGCAUCUACUAUCACUGAGAAUGAAAAUGAACGGAAUUUGACUAAUAUUGUAAAGACCAACACAGGAAAAGAACAAUUAAACAUCGAUAAUUUACAGAUCGAUACAGGGAACAAACGGAUCAAGCCGGAUAAUAUACAAACCAUCAAUUCCAGGAUUAACGACGAGAAAGUACAAAUUAGUACAGAAAUAUUCAAAAAACUACUGCUGGAUAAAUUAGAUCAUGCUUAUAUACCUGUCAAUCAAGUGGUUAAACCAAGAUCUAAUAUUCCCAGAGUUUCAAGUAUCGUAAAUAUAUAUAACAUCUCCAAUUCACAUUAUUAGUAAUACGUCUUUGUGUGUCAAUACGCGCACACCAUCUGUCUUUACUAUGUGCACUUGGGAGUUAGAUAAAGAUGCCUUUGUGUCUGGAGAUAUACACAGAACUGGUCAAUGGGAACCAGUAGUUACUCGAAUAAUUUAUGACGUUCUUAAUCAAGGUAGAAAGAUGACAUUUAUUGAUAUAGGAGCUAAUAUGGGGUAUUUCAGUUUACUUGCAGCAUCCAUAGGACAAAAUGUUGUGUCAGUGGAGCCAUGGGAUCAGCAUAUUCAGAAACUUGUUCAUUCCAUUCAUUUAAACAAAUUCGAAAACAAAAUAACAGUUGUAAAUAAUGCAAUAUCGAAUAGUCGAAGUGAAUUACAUUUCUAUGUUCCGCGAUCAAACAACCAAGGUGCGGCAAGACUUGUUCUUGAAAACCAAAAUGUUGAAAAUAAUCAACGCUUUUCUGCGAACAGUAUUACUUUGAAUGAUUUAGCGAACCUCAUCCAAACGAAAGAUAUCGUCAUGAAAAUAGACAUAGAAGGACACGAAUGUCGAGCACUCGAGAAGGCAGACGUAAUAUUUGACAGAUUCAAUGUGAUAUUCAUCUCGAUGGAAUGGAUUGUGAUGCGGUUGUAUAAGGACAAAUAUGGAGCGGCUUGUCCACCUGAAAACAUUCAAAAGAUGUUAGAAAUGUUGACUAGGCGUGGUUUUGUACCAUAUUCUUUUAUAAACAAUACUCAAUUAGACCCGCUUCAAAGUGAUAUGUGGACAUUUGACGACAUCUACUGGAAACCAAGACCAUCUUAAUCUAUUGCCCGUUUACUUGUACAUGACACUGAUUAUUUUCUGCUGUCUCACAAAACAUUAAAAUUUCUCUCAGUUUCUUAAAAGUUGUAUAUAUUUUACUGUACAGUGAACAAAAUUUGUUGUUUAACAUCUUGGAAAUACUUGUGAAAAGAUCUUUCCAAACAUAGAGAAAAACUAAAGACAAGAUUCCAUUAACAACAACAAGAAAAAAGCAACGUUCAAAGAAUGCAAUCUUUCUCCACGGUCAUGCAAACAUGGGCAUUGUAAAAUGGUUCAGAUAAAGUAUCAUUUAUUGACGACAAAGCCAAUCCAAAUUAUAUCUUUCCUCAAGGAUUCGCGACAUUAGGAAACAUAUAGGCUACGUGAUUCAAGAAAAACAUAUAGGCUACAUUAGUUAUCACCAAAUAUGUAGUGAAAAUAAAUUGAAGUUGAAUAACAAAUUGUACAUAUUUCCAAAGCACAAGGGGAUCACCGGGCAAUGUUCUGUACUGUUAUAUAAAUAUUGUACUGAAAUAUACAGAUGUUGUAAAUAUCAUCAGAUAUCUACUAAGAUAGAAAGUACUUAAGCUUUGGAAACAAAUAUUAUAACAUUAAGCAGUUGUUUUACGUUUAGCAGAAAAUUAUGACAUUUAGCGGCAUUAUAACAUUGAAGGAGUUUAUGACGAUUAGCGGUGCCUACGCCACAUUACACCGAUUGUAAAGUUCAUGAUUUUGAAAAAUGAUAAUAAAUAUUUAAGACAAUAUAACAAACUACACAAACCACAAGAGAAAAGUAUUCACAUUGUUCGCGUACGCUUUUUUGCGCGAACCUGCUGCUUAAACAUAUUUUAGGCUUUGCUUUCUUGGCGACACAGUAUAAUUGUUUUUGCAUACAGCUCUGUCAAGUAAAAGGGGCCACAGAGGCAGAGUGUUUAAUGUCGCAGACUUCAUUUAUUUUUUGCACUCGUCGCUUAGAUGUCGAAUGUAGAAUUCUUUCUUGUAACGACUUACGGAAGAUUGAUGGUUCCCGUGCCUGAUGUAAUAUUAGAAGGGAUGUCUGGGGUAUUCCUCCACCAUAAAAUGCUAAAAGUAACCAUAUGUUCUAUAUCGGAGCGACGUUUAGCCGAACAAAAACCAAACAAAACAAUCUGAUAAUUUUCGAAAAUGAUAUGAAAUUGUUUUAGAGUUACACAACCCUUUGAGACAUAAACGAUUGAAAUUGUAUGCUUUUCUUCCCCUUGGCUGUCAAUGUAUAGCUUUUGCCGGCCGACACUAAUGUUUAGAUAUUUUAACUUUUACCAUGUAUAAGGCUUACGUUUCUUUCAUUUUCAUCAAGGUAUUUUGUUUUCGUUUGAAUAUACUUGCGGCGUUUAAUAUGGCUACUUGUAUUGGCAACAUCUGCAUCAGUCAUCAAACGGAUUGCUGAUUGUUUAGUAUUUAAUUGAUUUAUUUAACAUUUAAUGAUAGAACUUGUCCUUUUUGGUGCAAAUCUAUGGAAUGAACUGCCGUUAGAACUACACAAAAGUAAAUCACUUGAUACAUUAAAAGAAUCUUAAGACACAAUAUUUUAUAGACUUCAUGGCAUAAUUUUAGUUUUAGUUUUAUUUUUUAUCUAUUAUUUUUUAUAAUUGUUUUAUUUGAGAUAACAGCAGAUCAUGACUGUUUGUUUGAAUUAAGGUAUUAUUAUUAUCAUUAUUAUCAUCAUCAUCAUCAUCAUGUACACGCAAUUGAAUAUGUUAUUUAUAGAAAUAGGCGUAAUUAAUCAAAUGAUUCAGUUCCAGUUUGAAAUGCUUUUUCAGCCAGAAAGCCAGGUAAAAUUCAAAAGCCUUUGGUAAACAAACAACUGAUAAAACAGUUAAUCAUUCAGUCAUUGUACUGAAUACUUUCAUGCUCUGGUGAAAUGGAAAGGGUACCAAAUUGUGGGAAAUAUUGGCCAUUAUAAAAAUCAUCCAUCAUUUGGAGAUUCGAUUCUUCCGCUCCACUGACUAACUCGCCAUUUAUAAAACAAAUGCUUUCAAAACUUCAAAAGCAUACGGUCAUCGUCAAAACAUAACAUGACAGUCACAAUGUUACAAUACACAAUAUAUGUCAUAGAAAACAUAUCCAUAGUAUAAAUUUACAUAAUGUAAAUAUAUACUAUGGAAAUGUUUUAUAAAUGUCAUUUGACAAUUUCGGAGUUUGAAAGUGAUCACGUUUUGACAUAUUUCGUCAUAAGUACAAAAAUAACAACACGCGAUAGACUGAAGUUCCUUAAAUUAUCGUGUCUUAUUGCGAAACAUUGUAAGCAAAAACAACUGCUAAUUAAACUAAAAAACAUUUUAGCUAGGUC